ACAUUCUGCUAGACGCCUAGAUGACAUCAAACAGGACUUACAAGUUCAGGCCGUCAGUUAUCUCGUCUGUCGAUUUGGCUACUCUGCAGGUCCCCAUCACGUUUACCGCUUCCAGAGAAAUAAACUAUCAAAAAGUCCGGUCUAAACGCCUUUGCGUAUAAAAGGUGAAAGACGUCCAACGCUCUUCAUUCAGUCAGCGGCUGCCAGCGAGCGAGCGUACGACGUUCAUUCAAAUAAAUAAAUAAAUAAAUUCGCGAGAAGCUUGUUUCGUUGAGUUUCUAUCGUAGAUCGCCGGGUUUUAGUUCGAAAAUACACGAGGACAAGAUGUAUAAACAAAUUUUGCUUCAAGUCUGCAUCAUCGGCGCCUUUUUCGCUUUACAAGCGGCCAGUCAGGGACCCGUCAAUCAGCCCUGUCUAGGAUGUCUUUGUGAGGCAAUUUCCGGCUGCAAUGCCACGAAGGUCUGCCAAGGAGAUGUCUGCGGUCCAUUCAGGAUCACCUGGGCUUACUGGGCCGACUCCGGCAAACCCACAUUAAACGGCGAGAGCGACGAAUCUCCAACGGCUUACUCCAACUGCGCUUCCGAUAUUUACUGCUCAGCACUAGCCGUUCAAGGAUACAUGGAUAAAUUCCAAAAAGAUUGCAAUGGUGAUGCCAAAAUCGAUUGUGAUGACUUCGUGCAAAUUCACAUCCUGGGCGGCUACGGAUGCGCUGGUAACUUACCACAAGCACAUCAUGAUCGCUACCAUCAAUGCAAACGGAUCGUUGGUAAUUCCAAUUAAAUUCGCAUCCACAACGUCACAAAACGACGCCGAAAACACUCACCUACACAAGAACUGAGCUUAAUAAAUUAAAAUAAAAACACAGAUGAUUUGACUUGCAAACACAUUUGCAAUGCAUGUAUUUAAAUAAACAUUAAUUUAAUAAAAAACACAAACAACCCAAACAA